UCUGGCUUGUUGAUGCAGGCGAUAUUCAUCCAAUUGGCCACUGUGAAAAACAUGAUGGGAUGUUACAACCACCAUUAGGCUUCAGAAUGAAUGCAAGUAGUUGGCCAAUGUUUUUGCUUAAAACCUUAAAUGGAGCAGAGAUGGCACCAGCCAAGGUGUUUCAACCGGAACCACCAACUCCGAAAUCAAACUUAUUUGUUGUUGGUCAGAAGUUGGAGGCAGUGGAUAAAAAAAAUCCACAGUUGAUUUGUUGUGCAACUGUAGGGGCAGUAAAAAAUGAUCAAAUUCAUGUUACAUUUGAUGGUUGGAGAGGUGCAUUUGAUUACUGGUGUAAAUAUGAUUCAAGGGAUAUAUUUCCAGUUGGGUGGUGUGCAAGAGCUGGUCAUCUUUUGCAACCACCUGGUCAAAAAAGUGCUACAGCUCCAUCUAGGUUUAAAUUACGUCCUAGUAUUCCACCUAACCCAGCUCUACCAGAGGGUGGGUCUACUGGUACAACAACGACAAAUUCGGAAAGUCCAACACCUAUACCAAAUGUAACCUUGCGCAUUCGCAGUAGUUGCACAGGUGGCAGCACCGUGUUACCCACGUCUGUCACUGGUGUUGGUCCAUCUGGUGCUGCAGAGUCCUUAGUGAAGGAAUUGCUAAGUGUCCAUCCAGAUCCACAAAAGCUCACACGGGCUAUCCUUACAGCAUCAAGCAGUUAUUCAAAUAUUACUAAUGUGCAGGUUUCCACUGGUAAUAAGAAUUAUUCAGUCAAAGUUCCUUCAGAUUUAAGUAAUGACGAGUUGAAGAAUUGGUUAAAAGUUGUCUGCGCUGGAGUUGGAUGUUGUGUGGGAAUGAUCGAGAUAGUGACCGGGGAGUCUGCAGGUCGACCCUGCGCACUGUGUGGGGAGUCCACGUCUAACACGAUCACACCUGCUGUCUGUGGCCUUAAGAGAACUAAAAGUCAAGACUCUCUUCCCGGUAGCAGCGCGAAUGCAACAAACGGCAACCCUAAUGUAAAGUUAGCCCGAAUAUCGCCGGAGCGACCUGAACCAGCUUCUUCAACAACGGGUGCUCCGCCGCCGCCGCCCUCUGCAGUUGCACCUGCUGAUUGGUCCGUUGAGGAUGUGAUCGGGUUCAUUGCUGCUGCGGAUCCAGCCCUCGCUGGUCAUGCUGAUCUCUUCAGGAAACAUGAAAUAGACGGCAAGGCGCUUCAAUUGCUCAACUCUGACAUGAUGAUGAAGUACAUGGGCUUGAAGCUCGGGCCCGCUUUGAAAAUUUGCAAUCUCGCCUCCAAGAUAAAAAACCGACGCCAUUAUAGCACUUAGCUUUUGUAUAUGUUACGUGUUACUCAUAGAGUGAUGAAACAUAGUUUCUUAUAUUAUAUUACUUUCUUAUAUUUAUAGCCUACGUAUUAAAAGCAUUUCAUGUCGCCAACUACUGACACUCAGUUUAAAGUCAUUCGUGCGAAUCUCGUGACACCGUCAAUUUGCACUUUACAGUACAAAAUUAGGGUGGAUAAAAUUAUCGAUGCUUUUACGUUGAAUACUACUUAAUUAUCAUUUGAAUCCAUUAUAUAGGCUGCUUGAUAUACUUCUAUAAUCUAUAAAUAAUCAUCAGUGACUGAAUGCAAUGGAAGAGCAGUAAUUGUGUAUUUGAUUUUAUUAAAAGUAGAAUCUGUUCAUCCCAAAAUAUUAUUUUUUCAAAUAAAUAUCGAGCAUUAGCUAAACAGUCUAUUCACGAUACAUUAUUAAGAUUCACAAUCUGUUAUUUAAGUACAUUUAUGUACUUUUGUACGGAUCUAACAUAAUAUAGUACUCCAUGCUAAAGUACGAAUGGCAACCCUAUGCUGUCAUCCAAAAAAAUGGUCUCAAAACCCAGGGCGUUUCGUGCACUUGUUUUAUGAUUAAUCGUUUGUUUUACUACAUUUUAUUUAUCCUUAUAUUAUAUUUGAAUUUGAAUGAUUCAGGUAAUGUUGUCCCAAACAUGUUUUAUUGAUUAUGUAACAUAAAAUUUAUGGGAAUUAGUAUACUGUGGCGGGAAAUCUGUAAGAAGACCAUUUCUACUUGUUUGCAAUCGUAGAAGAGAUUAUAUGGACUUGAAGUUCGCGUAUUUAAUAGCUUUUUAUGACAUUUUCAUUGAAAACCGAGAAAUUGUGACUUCAAAUUCAGCAAAUAUUUAACUAAAUUUUUACCUUCAAACAUAAAAGGCUAAUAACAAAUGAUUUUUUUUUUCAUUUUCGGUUUUGCUUUCUUUCAAGUAUGAAACUAUUUCUUGUGAACUUCCGACCACAGGAUCAAAAAUUCACCACAGUGUAAAUAUAAUAUGAGUGGAAAUGCAUUUAAUGUAGAAUUGUACUCAUUGAGUUAAAUUUUCAAUAUUUUUUUUAAUUUUGUUUAUUUCUACUCGCUAGUCGUAUUUGUUUACGUGUAUUGUGUUAGGUAUACGGUGUAAUGAUGCAAAUGGACUGGACAACUGGACUGAAUAUAGUUUAUAUCAAUAUUAAAUAUCCAUCAUUUAAAAUAUAUAGUAUGUACAAUAAAUAUAGCUACGCUUCGUAGAUCUCUAUCAAUUAGGCUGUGGCUCUUAUGCGCUAAAUUAACUUAGAUUACGGCGAUUAACGUAUUUUAAUCAACAUGAUUUUAUAUUAAUUUCAUUUUUUGCAGUUUCAAAACUUAUUAUAUUCAACGGUAUCCACUUGUUAUUGGUGAUAAAUUAAUAUCAGAACCGUCAUAAUGCUAUAUAUUUCCGCAUUUCUAUGGGAACAAAGAAAACACGUGUACACGUUGUUGCUAAUACGCUGGUUAUAUGCGUGACUGACUUCUUGUUUUCCCAACUCAGGUAUGUGACUCAUAUAUUGUGUUAUAAAUACUAAUAAUGGUACCUUCGCUUUAGGAGAGUUUCUUGCGCCGCUUCUUCUCUCUUAGAGCGCCAUUAGUUUCCGAAGCGGUAAUAGUACCUAGUAUACAGGAUGUUCCAAAGUUAUGGGACAUGAAGGGAAAGUAACUUAAAUAUCGAAGAUAGGCUAUUUUACUGAAAGAAGACUUUGUUAUUUUUACAAGGUAGUAAUUCUGCAUUCAAAGAUUUUCAAAAAAUUACUUGCCUCGUCUGGGAAUCGAACCGACUUAAAUGUAAAAAAAAACACCCCUACUUUUAUGAUGCCAAUCGAAAGAAUGGGCAAUAACUAAUAACUCUUCUUAAGUAACAUAGUAUUUUAAAAGAAAGGAACAACGUAAAAUGAAUGUUUCCCUACUUGGAUUGGUACGAAUGGACCGAUUUAGAUGGCUGGCCAGAUCCCCGAACCUUACACCAUUAGAUUCCUUCUUUUGGGGAUAUGUGAAAGAUAUGCUAUUCAAAAAGCGAUACGAGAACGUGAGCGACUUACAAACAGAAUUGUGCCAUAUCAUAUCGAGUAUUCACCAUAAAAUGAUAAGAAAAUCAACAGGCAGCGGACUCAUUAAAAGAUUGGCGGUUUGCGUAAGAAAAGAGAGAUCACAUUUCGAGCAUUUAAUUAAUUAAUUUACAAAAAAAUACCCACUUAAUUGACUACUUUCUUUUAAAAUACUAUGUUACUCAAGAAGAGUUAUUAGUUUUUGGCCAUUCUUUCGAUUGGCAUCAUAAAAGUAGGGGUGUUUUUUUUACCUUUAAGUCGGUUCGAUUCCCAGACGAGGCAAGUAAUUUUUAGAAAAUCUUUGAAUGCAGAAUUACUAACUUUUAAAAAUAACAUAAAGUCUUCUUUCAGUAAAAUAGCCUGUCUUCGAUAAGGUACUUUCCCUUCAUGUCCCUUAACUUUGGGACAUCCUGUAUUAGAAAUUCCAUAAAAAGAAUUCUAAAGGAGUCAAUUUUAAGAAAAUUUGAAAAAAAGCCUUUUAUGCCUAUUUAUACCGCUAAGUACCUGCUUCGCUAUCUCGAUAUCUACUUGGUAACCAUAUGCAAGCGCUGUUACAAAAACUUCCAUACUUACAGCAUUUCUAGAGUAAAAAGUACUGAUUUGGAAAAAAGCGUUUCUACCGCAGACGUCGAGGUAAGGCGGGAGAUUCCCCUCUCCUUCAUACCGCACCCCUCCUUGCUCCUAAAAACACUAGAAGUCGCCGACUAUUUUAAUUUAUCACACAUAUGGUCUGGUAUAUUUUUAGGUAUUGUGUGACGAGAUUGAGGUGUUUACUAGCUUUGUAUGUUACCAGUAUGUAACAGACUAUUUCAAAGUUAUUUUUAUCAAUUUUAAGAUAUCCAAUUGAAUAUCUCCGUAUAUUCUGGACCGAUGACGAUACAAUUGUAUGUAUUUAGUAAAGUAAUAAGAUAUAAAAAGUAAAGUAAAACAUACAAAAUAUCUUUAUCCUAGUGUCUUUAUAAGAUUACCAAUAAAUACUCGUAUAUUACAAACUAAAGAUAUUAAUUACAAUAGGUAAAAGUUUAAUUACGAAUACCUACAGUAAUACAAAAACACUUCGGAAAAAUUAUAAAAACAACUUUUAUUAAGUACUCUACUAUCUUCACGGUAGGUUUUUCAAAAAACAUUGAUUGCAAUGUUUUUUAAAACCUAUUAUCUCCUUCAUCGUAUGUAAUACUUAAAAAUACCGUAAAACACACGUGUUGUGUAUAUAGAAAUGUUGCAAUAAAUAUCUUGAACAUACUAUACCACUUCAGACUAAAGGGAGAUUUAUCAACUAACUUCAUGGUGUUGUAUAAAAAUUCGUUGUAAUUUAAUUUCGACAAUCUUGUAAUAAGUUUUUAUAUAAUUUUAGUUUUUGUUUUAAAGCGAUUUUUUAUUUUUUUUUAAAUAAAUUUAUUUUAUUUGAUGACUAUCUAUCUAUUUCGCGGAAUACUGCGACGGAGAGCUGAAUUUAAUUUAUGACUAAACUCUAAGUUUUAAUUCAUUAAUUUUCGCAUAUCAGUCGAAAUAAGUUUUUAACCAAGUUUGUUCUUUUAAUCGAUACUGUCGAAUAAUCUUUUUAAAUGUGAGCAAAUAUGACCCCAGCCGUUGAAGCUGUGUACACAAUUAUAUAGAUUAGGGUGUUAGUGCCUUUAUAUUUAGAUGUAUGUACUUUCAAAUAUAACCACUUGCAGUUAAUAUUAGUGUGGUACUUUUUAUACCUUGCACACACUUAUGGCUUACAUAUAAAGCUGAAUUUUAUAAGUUUUAAUAUUUUAAAUAUCUCUAACGGUCAAAGAGUAAGAAAUAAAGGCAUUGUCGAUAGUAUAUACUGACCCUUACAUUUGUCGAACGGUGGAUUGUUGCCCUGUCGCGAUUUGCUAAUUAGAUAUUAUUAUGGAUAUUUUUCAUUAACAACACAACCUAUAAUUGUAAAAAUAUACGCUCUUGACAGCUGGAAUCUAAUAAAUGAGCAUUAAAACCCCUCAACCUAUUGUUGUAUUGUCAGGUGAUAAAAUAUGCACCCUCGGAGUAACUAUUGGCGGAUUGUGUACGUAUAACCAAAUUUUCUUAUAUUUUGUUUAUUAUAAAAAUAUACGAACAGCGCUUUUUACUAUCUCCUUGUGUCUGCCCUUCAUGCAAUUACUACUCUAUCUUGGAGGCCGAUUAAGUCAAUGAAUUAAAUUCUUUUUAAUGUGCGACCCUUUUUUUUUUCUUAACUAUGAAUGUUACAAAUGGUAGUUAUGAUGGCCAUAUUGACAAAUUACUUUAGUGACUUAUUUUGUGUAACUAGUUCAGAUAAGUGCUUUCAUAUUAUUUUAUUCUCGGAUGAACUUGAGGACACCAAUAAAAGAUGCAUCCACAUAAUCAAUAAAAACACUUCUUUGUACCCAUCUUUAUUUCACUCUUUUAAUGAACUAUAUGACCUUUUAUUGAAAUAUAUUAUUUCUAAUAUUUAAACAUAUGUCGGCAUCAUCAGAGAGCUAUUUUAAUUAAUUUCUGUUAUUACAUAAUUGGUGGCGUUUUUUAAAAUUGACAUUGAUAUUUGUAUUAAAAAUAAACUAAGACUAAAUUUAUCAGUAUUUUGGUUUUCAUAUAAAGAUGCAUUGAAGACCUGAGACUAAAACAUGACUAUUAUAUUGCAAUUAUUGAUUAUUUAUGAAAGAUUUAUUAAUAAAUCUAUAAAGAGUAGAUUGAUUGAUAAUAAAGACGAUGGAGUAAUCAUGAAUCAAGUAAUAAUGAGUGUUCACAGGGGUUCAUGGAUGUGCACUGCAUUUGACUUAGACCUAGAGAAGAAUCAUGGGUAUAUAAGAUUUCGCUCGUAGGUGCCGAUUGUGGGCACUAGGCGAAGGCGAGUGUAAACUCCCAGGAAAAUAAUAAAUCCAAUAAGUAUUAUAAUUUUAUCAUAUAUAAAAACGAAAAUGCAGGAUUUUUAUGCCAUUUUAUUAUUGGGAAGUAAUAUAGUCUGUUUAAAAAAAUGUAACAGGCAAGUGUGAUUUUCCCAAAUAAAUCAAGCCCAAUAAAUAGAAAAAUAAAUAAAUGAAGUUAGAAACAAUAGAAAUGAAUUUUCAUAUAUUAUAUAUGUCUGCGUGUCAGGAAUGUACUCUUUAUCACAAUGCAGUAUCAAAAAAGUUCAAACUGCACGAGAAGUUUUUUCUGUACUUUAUUUCAGUCCUGUUUGUAAGUUAUAAAUUACUUUACGCAGAGGGGGAUAUUUUUUAUCGUCGAAACGUUUUAUGUUGGUAUACCUUAUUAUUUAUUCAUUCUCCUAGAUAAUUAAUUCGUCUAGAUAAUCUCUUGCAUUUAGAUAACCGAUAAAAUCAGGCCAGGAAUAAUACUUUAGUGUGCGUGACAGGCUGCGUCUUACACUAGCGAUUUGUAUGACACUUUGUGUUAGUGUGCGUGAAUUGCUCAAAAUAAAGUCUCUAAACUCAAUUUUUAUCGACGUUUUCACAGCUGUCAUAGUCUAUCUAGACGUAAAUGGUCUAAAUUCAUUGUAAUAUACCGGAGCAUCUACUUAUUUAAAUAUUUGCAAUGAUCUAUUUAUAAAGAUGGUGGCCAUCACAUAUUAACAUCGUUAUCAUUAGGUAUUAUGAUACACUCCCAUAUUUGUUUUUUAACUGUCGAUCAAUCUAUACUGUCAUGCUUAUGUUCCUUAUUUGCUGAAUAUAAAUUGUUUAGGAGGUAAAUGAUAAUUGUUUAGUAUUUGUGUAGUUUUGCCAAUGUCAUGGGUUUUAUUCUAAUGUUUGAACAUUUCAGGAUAUUGUGAUAUUUGAAUGUUAUUUGUUAUCGUGAUAAAUGAAUAAUAAUGAGAAAUAAUAUUAUGUUGAAAUAGUUAAUAAGAAUAUUAUUUAAGUUGAAUUUAUGAUUCGAACGACUACAAAGAGUAGUGCAUUAUAGCGAGUGUUGCCAACUUCGCAAAAUGUAAAUGGAGUUGCUUGGAAUUUUUUAGUAGGUGGACGUUUCCAAUAACUCUUUAUUUUGUUUUCAGUGGAAGAUUUUGUAUUAGUUUUGUCUCAAUACCCUUUCGGAAAUACGAUUAAUUAUUUUAUGGUUCCUUUAUUGUUUACUUUACACUUUCAUAUUAUAAAAAUAAUCUAAUAACUAUUGCUUAGUAAUAAAAAAAUAAAAAAAGAAUGUUAUAAUAUGGUUAGCUUACUGUAACUUCGUUUGCUAUUUACAUAAGUAAUAACAUAUGUUGUGUUAAAAGAUUAUAAUAAUAACAGUGUGAAAAUUUGAAACAUGUUUUAAUACAAUUCAGGUUAAUUACAAAAUAUGUAAACAGUACAUAUAUCAAGGUUUUAUUAAUCCGGAUCUGUUUGUAAAUCGUUGUUCUGAGAAUUUUAGUACCUUAUUAAAAAAUAAUAGAUAUCAAUAGAAUGUUUGUGAAUUUCAAUAUUAUAAAAGCUAUUAUUUUAUUAUCGUAGAAUUUAUAUUAGUUUUAUGUAUGUAAAUAAGUUAUAAAUUGCAAAGAGAUGUGUAUAAUAAAUAAAGGCGAUUAUUGA